AUGGCAAAUAAAAAGACGGAAAAUUUUGAAAUAGAUUGUACAUGUUUGGAAUUAUAUGAAAGAGUUACAAAAAAAUAUUGCUUUAAUGAUUGUGCAAUAAUAAAAAAAUGUAUAAAAAAUGGAAUCUUAAAAGAAUCUGAUAGUGUAUGUAUAUAUGGAAAAGAAAAUUGUGGGAAAACAUUAUUAUUAACAGAAAUAUUAGUUGACCUUACAGCUGUUAAAGAAUUAAAAGGGAUGAAUUGCAAAGUUGUUUAUUUGGAUUGUGAUUUGUCUUUUAAUUAUAAAAAUUAUGAAAAUAUAAUAAAUAAUAAAUUUCUUAAAUAUAUGAGUAAUUAUAAAACUAUUAAUACUGAUAAAUGUAAAAAUAAUAGUUUAAAAAAAGAACUUUUAGAUAAUUCUUUUUCCAACAUUUAUUAUAUUCCAAUUUUCAAUCCAGGUCAUCUUUUGGUUAUUUUAAAUACGUUAAAAAUUUUAUUAGAAAAGAAAAUUUCCAUUGAAGCACUGAUUAUUGACUCUUUAUCUUUUUGGAAUUUUUGUAAAUAUGAUAAAAUAAAUUUUUUUUCAGAUAAUAAUUACGUAAAAAGAAAUGCAUCAGAUUUAUUAGAUUAUGCUUUUACUCUCAUUUUAAAUUUAAAGAAAAAAUUUAAAUUUCUAUUUAUUUAUACAAAAUUAAGUAAUGAGGAUAAAUUUAUUGAAUAUACUAUUAAUUUGUCCUUUAAUGAAAAAUUGAAAGAACAAAUAAAUGGUGUUGAAAUACCUGAGAAUAAAAAUUAUCAUAAUUUCUCUAUUAAUAAAUCAAACGAUUUAAAACAAGUAUUUUUAAUACCUCAUAAUUUUAAUGAUAUAUUGAAAACACAUAUAUUUCGCAAAAAAGAUUUUAUAACUAAUAAUUUUUUAAUAGAAAAACCUUUUUUAAUUUUUUUAAUAUCAAAUGAAAAAAGUGAAUUUACACCUAUCAAUAAGAAAAAUGAUUUAAAAAAUUUGAACAUUUUAUUGUGCUUAUCUUCUGAAAUGAAAGAUAUGGACAAAAUUCACUACUCAAAAUUUUUUUUUAUGAUAAUUAAUUCGCACACAAUUGUAUCAUUAUAA